AUGUUGGCCCUCCGCUCAUCGCGUCCCGCGUGGGCAUCGCGAGGCCAAUGGCAAACCAUACGCUCGCUUUCCAACUCGGCGCGUCGCUGCCAGGCGUCACCCGUCGACGGCGAUGCAUCCGGCCUCAACUCGGUCUCCAAGAGUAUCACACAGCCCAAGUCGCAGGGCGCCUCGCAGGCCAUGCUGUACGCCACCGGCUUCACCGAAACCGAUCUUAACAAGGCACAAAUUGGCAUUUCGUCUGUCUGGUACGGGGGCAACCCUUGCAAUAUGCACUUGAUGGAUCUGAACCACCGCGUCAAGGAGGGUGUGCAGAAGGCGGGCAUGAUGGGCAUGCAGUUCAACACCAUCGGUGUUAGCGAUGGCAUUAGCAUGGGAACAUCAGGCAUGCGAUACUCCUUGCAAAGUCGAGACCUGAUUGCGGACUCGAUUGAGACGGUUAUGGGUGGACAAUGGUACGACGGCAACAUCAGCAUUCCUGGAUGUGACAAGAACAUGCCGGGUGUGAUCAUGGCCAUGGGACGCGUGAACAGGCCGAGUUUGAUGGUGUAUGGAGGAACCAUUGCUGCUGGAUGCGGCAAGAAGCCGAGAAACAACAAGCUGGAUAUUGUCUCCGCCUUCCAGGCAUACGGACAGUUCAUCACUGGCGAAAUCAGCGAAGAGGAACGUUUCGAUACUAUCAGACAUGCAUGCCCUGGUGCUGGAGCAUGUGGUGGUAUGUACACUGCCAACACACUGGCUUCGGUUAUUGAAGUCAUGGGCAUGUCACUUCCUGGAUCUUCAUCCAACCCAGCCGAGAGCAAGGCCAAGCAGUUGGAGUGUCUGGCCGCUGGCCCCGCGAUCCGCAACCUCUUGAAGGAGGACAUUCGUCCUUCUGACAUUCUCACCAGAACCGCCUUCGAAAACGCAAUGGUUCUUGUCAACAUCACCGGAGGUUCGACCAACGCCGUCCUCCAUCUCAUUGCCAUUGCACACAGCGUGGGCAUUGAGUUGAGCAUCGACGACUUCCAAUCCGUGACAGACCGCAUUCCUUUCCUCGCUGAUCUCAAGCCUUCGGGCAAGUAUGUCUUCGAGGAUCUAUACAACAUCGGCGGCACUCCCUCCCUCAUCAAAUUCCUUCUAAAGGAAGGACUUCUCGAUGGCAGCGGCAUGACUGUCACCGGAAAGACCCUAAAGGAGAACGUUGCCAACGUUCCCGACUUCCCGGCAGACCAAGACAUUAUCCGGCCCGUCAGCAACCCGAUCAAGUCGACUGGCCACAUUUGCAUCCUUCGCGGUUCGCUUGCACCUGGCGGGUCUGUCGGCAAGAUCACCGGCAAAGAAGGAACCGUCUUCACUGGUAAAGCCCGCUGCUUCGAUGCUGAGGAUCUGUUCAUCGAAGCCCUCGAGCGCGGCGAGAUCAAGAAGGGCGAGAAGACUGUUGUCAUCAUCCGUUACGAGGGACCAAAGGGUGGCCCUGGUAUGCCCGAGAUGUUGAAGCCAUCAUCCGCGAUCAUGGGUGCCGGCCUAGGCAACGACUGCGCGCUCAUUACCGACGGUCGUUUCUCUGGAGGCAGCCACGGGUUCUUGAUCGGCCAUGUCACCCCUGAAGCGCAAGAGGGAGGCCCUAUUGGACUUGUCAGGGAUGGAGACACCAUCACCAUUGAUGCUGAUAAGAGAGUGAUUGAUAUUGUGGACCAGACCGACGAGGAGCUUCAGAGGCGUAAAGCGGAGUUCAAGGCGCCACCAUUGAAGUACCAGAAGGGUACGCUGUUCAAGUAUGCCAAGGUCGUGCAGGAUGCUAGCCAUGGAUGUAUCACGGAUGGACCAUGA